AUGAAGGAGUUUUUAGAGUCUCUUUCCAAAAACUCAGAGGUGCUUCAGGAAUUCAGUGAGCAGGAGGAAGCUGUGACCACUACCUCCAUGUACCAGCAGCAAGAUGCCAAUUGUGUCUACACUGACAGCACUGAGGUGGCAGGGUCUCUGCUUGAGCUGGCUUGCCCUGUUCAGGUAACCUCAGCUGAAAUUUCUCCUCAACUUUCGGAACAGCCUCUGCAAGUGCAGGUUCAAAUCCAGGGGCCGCAGGGCCAAACAGUGAGCCAUGUUCUUCAACUUGCCUCUGCACAACAGGACCUUCAAGCACUUGUUCAACAGGGAGAGAUUACUGAAGAGCAGCAACAUCAGAUUCAGGCACAGCUGGUUGCAGCUGCCACCUCUGCCGGAACGCAGGAAGAAAUGGUUCAGACCCUGUUUCCAGCACAGUUUAUGAAUGGAAAUAUUCACAUCCCUGUGGCAGUGCAGACUGUGGCCGGUGCAUACAGCACUGGACAGCCAGUGCACAUCUGGGAUCCAAAUCAACCACAGAAUCAAGGACAACAGGAGCAGCAGCUCCAUCUACAGGCUCAAGUAGAGACUGAGGGCCAAGGGGAGUCCUCAACUGAGAUCUUGGUUCCCAUCUGCUUAAAGCCUGAAGAGGGUCUAGAGGUCUGGAAGUUAUGGGCAAAACGUAAGAAUGCAGAACUUAUCAAGCAGGAAAAGACCAAGUUGGCACCAAUUGGACGACGCCAGCCCCUGCGUUUUCAGGAGGACCUUGUUUCUAGUGCAGUGGCAGAGUUGAACCUCGCUCUCUCUCUGAUGACUAAAGAGGCUCGUGGAUUGGACGAAGAAGAGUUUUCACCUGAUGUUCUUUACUAUGUGUUCCUAUGUAUACAAAAGUAUCUGUCGGAAAAUGGGCGUGUUGAUGACAUUUUCUCGGAUCCAUAUUACAAACGUUUCUCUGAAUCGUUACACAAUAUCUUGGAUGGUUGGAAACCUACUGUUCAUCCUCUUGGUUAUGUUAUUCCAAGUCAUGUGACAGAGGAGAUGCUCUGGGAGUGCAAGCAGCUAGGUGCACAUUCUCCAACAACCCUGCUGACAACGUUAAUGUACUUCAACACAAAAUACUUCCGUCUCAUAACACCUGAACAGCAUAUGAAAGUUGCUUUCUCCAAAGUAUUGAGACAUGCAAGAAAAAACCCAGGAAAUUCUAAAGACAAAACAACAAGUGUCCGCCUUCUGAAGGGACCUGGCCUAAUAACUCCUGGGGCAAAAGGGAGUGACGAAAUGUAUGAAGAACAGGUUGAGGAACCAGAUAAUCCACUUCGCUGCCCAAUUAAGUUGUAUGAUUUUUAUCUGUUUAAAUGUCCACAAAGUGUCAAAGGUCGUAAUGAUGCAUAUUACAUGACUCCAGAGCCUGUUGUGGCGCCGAAUAGCCCAAUGUGGUAUUCAUCUCAGCCACUCAACAUUCAACAAGUGGGACACAUGCUGUCACGAAUCAUUGUGGUUCAAGAAAUCCAGGAAUUAUUCUUCAGUGCUACAGUGGCCAUGAGUUAA